ACCGCGGCGACGGGGCGACAGUCCCCGGGCAGUCUCACUCCGACUGAACCACGAUGAACGUCCUCGGCGCCGCCCUGUCCUGCCUGCUGCUAGGCGCGGCCAUGGCCACCCUCGCGGCGGGUGCUUCGCUGUCCCAGUCCUCGCGGAGCGCACACCAGCUGCGCAUCUCCGGCGGCGGCAAUGCGCAAGCGGCGCUUCCCUUCCAAGUGGCGCUGCUUGACGAGGGCGACAACCUGUUCUGCUCCGGGUCCAUCCUCAGCGCGUCCUGGGUCAUCACGUCCGGCACAUGCGUCGACGGGAGGACCGGCGCGAUCGAGGUACGCGCGGGGAUCCUCAAUUUGAAUGACGCCAACGCGCAGAGGGUGACCACCACUGCGCUCGACCGCACCAUCCACCCGCACUUCGAGCCCAUGUUCCUGGACAACGACAUCGCCCUCAUCCAGCUGACCACGCAGCUGACCCUGAACCAGAGAGUCGCUGUCAUCGCGCUGCCGACGUACGCGAACGCCGCCAAAAACCUGGUGGGAGAGAGCGUCGUGAUCUCGGGCUGGGGAAGGUUCUCCGACGCUGGAAACAAUGCCAACAGGCUCCAGGUCGCCCAAGUCCAGCUGGCCGACAACUCUGUCUGCGAGAAACAGUUCGGCAAUAAGGUCAUCGGCACCAAGUUGUGUCUGGACACGUCCGGACAGAGCGGGGCGCACGGACCCAGCCCUUGCGCGGGGGACGCGGGUGGCCCUGUGAGCUUCGUCGACCCGCUGUCCGCCUCCAGGGUCCUGCACGGCAUCGUGUCCUUCGGCGUGAAGGGCGACUGCGCGUCCGGAAAGCCCGUCGUCUUCACGCGCGUCUCGAACUUCCUGGACUACAUCGAGAGCGUAACCGGCAUCGCCGCCGAGGACUGAGUCCAAUGCGCCACUUUCUUUUUUUACAUGCAUCCAAACUUCUUAGUUUACAUUUUAAAAACAAUACGUGAUUAAAUAAAUAUGAACACCUAUACGUUAGUGAA